GGCAAUCUGAUAAACAGGGAUGGGAGGCAUGGGUUUCGGGAAUAUAAUUAUUCAUGGGCCAUUGCUCAAUGAUAAAUGGCAACUAUAUGGAAGUACAUUCUACAAAGAUUAACCGAUACACUUGGUUGAAGUAGUUUGUUUUGCAAUCGACUACAAACCAGGUCCCCACGAGUAUGGUACAUUCCAUGCGUCACUGAUCAAAACAAAAAUGGCACAUGCCAGAUGAAUCUGCAGCCUAUCUAUAAUUACAAACAAUUCAAAGUGCGCUGUUCUAAAAACGAAACUGAACCGACAAACCAUUGAACCGAGACAUCGAACGCUGACACUGGAGAAAACCCGUAUCAAAUAACUUCGGUGUCACAGCAUGGCAUUUCAAAUGUCAACUCUUUCUGCACGCAUCAGACUUAUAACCUCAGGUGGUCCACUUUCCCGAAGCCGUGGUGACUUUAGUAAUGACUCAGUUGGGUUCAGCGUCAAAUUAAGAAAUAUUUUCAGUGCUACUCAGCCGAAACGUCAGGUGCAUUCUCUAUUUCGCACUGGAAUUGCAGAACGCGUGGACAACUUUUCAACAGCAACAGUUUUAAAGUCGUUCAAGGGGCAGAACUACGGUCGCGCCUGCCGAGAAAAGAGUGGUACGGUUUACCGAAUUGCCAUCGGCGCAUUUGGAGUGACAACUGCGGUUGCUUGUCUGCACGCAAGUGCCCAGGUCGCUAUGGCGGAAGCGCACCUGAAUCUUGACUCAGUUAAAAGCAACUGGAAUAAGGUGAAGGAAACCUUGCUAUCCAUGGGUCUGGAGGAUAGGCGUAAACACUACAGGAGCUCUUUCCUGGCCCUGAAGGAUAUACCAGUGUGGAACCAGGAACGAGGUGCUGCAGCUGUCAAGCCUCACUUCCCCAGGAACGAGGCGCUGGAUAACAAGAUCUCUCUGUUCAGCGGCGACAUCACCAAACUGGAGGUGGAUGGGAUUGUGAAUGCAGCCAACAAGACCUUGCUGGGAGGCGGAGGAGUGGACGGAGCGAUCCACCGCACGGCCGGCCCCCUCCUGAAGUGCGAGUGUGCUGAGCUGGACGGGUGUGACACGGGACAGGCCAAGAUCACGGGGGGCUACGGCCUGCCGGCCAAAUAUGUGAUCCACACAGUGGGACCGAUUGUGAUGGGGGCAGUGGGGGAGGAGGAGAGGAGCCGACUGAGGGAGUGCUACUGGAACAGUCUGGACUGUGCUACCUCAGAAGGUCUCCGCUCUGUGGCAUUCCCUUGUAUCUCCACUGGGGUCUACGGAUACCCACCUGAACAAGCUGUGGACGUGGCGCUGAAAACCGUCAGAGAAUACCUGAAUGAUCAUGAUCACAGUUUGGAUAGAGUCAUCUUCUGUGUUUUUUUGCCGAGUGAUUACGAGCUGUACAAGAACAACCUCCCUUACUACUUCCCUGGCGCCUGCUGACCAAUCCAAGCGCCCUAUUGAACACAGAUGUCCCGGUCAAGAGCAAACUAUGAAGAGGCGUUUGGGUUGCUAUGGACACUGAUCCCCAUCGUUGCUUUUCACAUGCGAUGAUUUCCCCUCCACCUCUACCCCCCCCCCCCUUUCCUCCAUCGCUCCCCCCU